GAGCGAUACGAUGUGGCAACACAAGUCAUUUCGAACGAGCAACGACACCACCAACGUGCCAAGGAAAGGACCAUCCACUCCACACUUUGAUAUUACUAGUAUCUGGUUUUGUUUUUUUAGUUUAAAUACCCAUGCAUCUAUUGAUGAGGUAACCAAUUGAAGCAUAACUGCUUUCAUCUGGAGAAGGAGAGAAUCACCCUAGACCAUCGAUAAACAGAAAUUUGGGACUGAAAAAGAAGCAAUGUCGAUCGACCAUACAGACUCUGUUCCGAACGGGGAGUCCCUCCCGAACGGGCACCCGUCGGUGUCGUCGCCUGGUGGUGGUGAUAGGGAAGACAGCACAGACAUCCUAGCCGCAAAGACGAAAAAUUUAUCUCUGAAAGACAGCAACUUCCAAGGAAGAGUGCCAAGCAAAGAAGAGGAAGAUCGAGCUCGCCCCCCAAAAGCAAAAGAUACACAUGCCACUUUGUACAGGCAAGAUUCAGACAAACAACUACCCGGGCUUGCGCUUGCCUACCGGUCGAUAAUCCGUGGUAUCGGGGAGGAUGCCAGUCGCCAGGGUCUCCGGAAGACGCCCGAUCGCGCUGCUAAAGCCAUGAUGUACUUCACAAAGGGAUAUGAAGAGAAAGUCGAAGAUGUUCUAAAUGAUGCAAUAUUUGAUGAGGAUCACGAUGAAAUGGUUGUAGUUAAAGAUAUAGAGAUGUUUUCCCUGUGUGAACACCACCUAGUGCCAUUUAUAGGAAAAGUAUCUGUGGGUUAUCUUCCAAAUAAGCGAGUAUUAGGCCUCAGCAAGGUUGCCAGGCUUGUUGAAAUAUAUAGCAGGAGAUUACAAGUUCAAGAAAGAUUGACCAAACAAAUAGCCCUCGCAGUGACAGAAGCCAUAGCACCAGCUGGGGUUGGUGUGGUCAUUGAAGCCACUCAUCUCAGCCACAUGUGUAUGGUGAUGAGAGGCGUUCAGAAGCUAAACAGCAAAACGAUAACAUCCUGCAUGCUUGGCGUCUUCCGGGAGGAUCCCAAGACCAGGGACGAGUUCUUGACGUUCAUACGUGGAUGAUGACAGUGAUGAAGAGAGAUAGAAGGAAGAAGAGGAGGAGCAGGAAGGAGAAUGGAAAGGAGAGGAAGUACGGUGGCAUUGAAUCCUGAUCUCAAUAUGAUCUUCAGCAAUAACGGAAUAAAUCAAGAAUAUUUUUGUUCGAAUAUGGGUCAUCACAUCAAAGUUAGAAAUAGCCAAAGGAUCAUGUUCUGUUGUCAGGUUUGAAUUAAACUCUCUGGCCCGUAUUCUGAACUCGGGCUUCAAUUAAACCCAGGUUUUAAGUUGUGGUUUAACUGUGGAGAGCCAAUUGGGACAUAAAUCCCGAACAGUACACAUUCAUUUAUUAGCUCAUGACACCUGAAUUUUCAUAAUUGUUUGGGAAUGAUAAAUGAAGUAUUUUUCUUCAUUAUGAAAGCCAAAGGAAACAUAAUAAUUGACAUAAGAAAUAUACAAUACAAACAGAAUUUUUGAAUUGUUUACUCCCCAUAAUUUUAGCACAGAGUUAGACCGUGGUCUAAGUCAAACCUGACUUCAGAAUACAGGCCCAUGUGGUUUAACUAUGGAUAGCCAACUGUGGCAUAAAUCUUUAAUGAUAAAGGUUCAAUGUAUUGGUUCAUUUGGCUCUCAUAUCAACAUUAACUGUCUGAGAAGGGUAAAUAAGAUAGUUGUCUUCACCAUUCAAGAAUCAGAAAAAGCGCAGUGUACAUUAAGCAAAAUUCUGACAUUUUGGUUUCCCAUCAUUUUAGCACAGAGUUAGACCAUGGUCAAAUUAAACCUGACUUCAGAAUACGGGCCAUAGUAUCUACACCUUAGACCUUAGGUCUUGUGUCACAGAGCUAUGUAAGCGACUGAUCGUUGAUUUUCACGAUGAAUUGUAUAUUGCGGUUAAUGCAAUCGAUCGUGAAAAUGUCCCAUUUUCAAUUGCUAAGCUAUGUGUUAAUGAGCCCUGGUUGCUUUUUCACAAAGAGUUUAAUGUGACUUUGUAACGGUGUCAUGAAAAGUGCUUUUGCGAAAAUUCAUUGCUCCGGUCAUAAUUAUUCGGAAGACUUAUGAUGAUGGUUAUUGUUAAGAUAGGGUUAUUCAGAGUAAUGUAAAGCAUGUGAUAAUUAGAGGUUUAUUGGGAGAUUUUAUAUUUGGUGUGAUAUGCAUAUUUUCCAUCGAAGCACUGUUGGGCGUUUCAUGAAGCCAUUUGUAAAGUUAUGCACGACUGUAACAUGUUCUUGGAUCCUAAGCCAGGUUAGCCAGCUACAUAGAGAUAUACCGUUUAAGCACAAAAAAUGAUCACCAGUCAUUUAUAAAUUUAUGUGUAAAGUAAACAGCUUUAUUAAAUACCCACCUGAUUGCCGGAGCAAAUGGCAUGGGAUUUCAAUGACGUGAAAGCAAACCAUUCACAUCUCAUAAAGUCAUUCGCAAUCUCAUGGAUGGCUUUUUUGAAGUGCUCUUCUCUUGACCAUGAGCAGGGGCUCAUUUGCAUGCAGAAAGAAUUGCAAUCAAACACAUGUUCAGAAAUCAAACGCAAUUUGAUUUUCAACCCAUCACAUAGGCUCCAUUUGGGAGUUGAGUUUGAUAUUUCAUAAGGUUUCAACAAGUCUUGUCGCGCUGCAGGGCCCCAGGCCCUUGACUGGAUGUAGUUCCUACAGGCAAGUAGGAAUUUAAGAGCUACUUUCUAGGUACACAUUCCGGGGACUCAAGAGGGC